GAGUGACAGAGCUGUCCCAUAGAGAGCUCCUGGCUGUCCCAGGCACAGAGUGAAGCAACAAGAUCACCUCCUUAUCUGCUAUGGGACUCUAGCUGUCAGUUUGUUAUUUUGCUCCCUCGACCACAUGUUUUACUCAGUUUAGUCGUUUUGGAGCCAGAAUGAAGACUUUGGAGCAAAUAUUUGCCUUUCAAAUGAUUCUGGUCAUCUCGGCUUACAGCACACAGAGAGCACCUCGUAUCAUCACUUUACUAGACACAGUGGAUGUUCUUCUUGAUCACAAUGCCACCUUCAUCUGUGAGGUGGAGUCAAGUCCCAGUGCUUCUAUUGCAUGGACCAAAAACAAUCAGCCAAUCAUGUACUAUGACAACCGAUACCUUACCAAGGAGCAGGGCCAGAUGUUGACCAUCCCUCAUGUGAAAGAGUCUGACAACGGAGAGUACUGCUGCAUUGCCAGCAAUGGCAUCGGAGAAGCUGCAAAGAGUUGUGGAGCUCUUCAGCUGAAGAUGAAGCCCCAGAUCAAGCGUCAACCUACCAACGUAACUUUACUGAUAGAAUCUAAAGCAGUGCUGCCCUGUGUUACCCUUGGGCAUCCCAAACCAGAUGUCACCUGGCUGAAAGACGAUGAGCUCAUCAAGAUCAGUGACCGCAUCACCAUUCUUGAUUAUGGGGCGCUAAAAAUUCAUAGGAUCCAGACAGAGGAUGCUGGGAUAUACCGCUGUGUGGCAAGGAACAGCUUUGGUUUGGCCUUUUCAAAGCCUGUCACCAUUGAAGUACAAACUCCAGCACGACUCCUGCGAGUUCCAAAAGAGAAGAGAGCAGAUUAUGGUAGUCAGAUAACCCUGGAGUGCAAUGCCACUGGAAAUCCCACUCCCACCAUCACCUGGCUGGAAAAUGGGAAUACUGUGUCAGGCGCCUCUGUGGAGGAGACUUUGGAGGGAAAUGUAAUACUCUCCGUUCUUAAAGUAACGGUGACUAAGUCAGCAUUAUACACAUGCGUGGCCUCCAACAGACACAGCGGUGGAGCGAACAAUGUCAAAAAAAGUGCCAGAGUCACUGUAACAGACUGGAGGUAAGAAAGAAAUCCUCAGACACCAGGCAGUCACAAGGGCAACACAGGCUACUGCAGUGCAUAUCGCGGAGAUGCGUGUCGAACGAAUAUUCGAGACGAUUCUCUGGUUUUCAUCAACUCGUCCUUCUUGGAUUCUGAAGCGAUGCAGGAAUACCUGGUUCAGAGCUGGUUGGCUAAGCUGGAAGGCCUCAACGAACUGUGCAACCCAGCUGCACUCUCACUGCUCUGCCACUCUGCCUUCCCUGACUGCAACCCAUCAGGUGGCUCGGCCCCUAAACCGGUCUGCAGAGAGCACUGCCUGGCAGUGAAGGAGCUCUAUUGCCAUAAGGAGUGGUUGACACUGGAGGGGACUGGUUCAGUUCAGGCUGGACUCUUAAGCUCAGUCACCGGGGCCCAAAUUUUCACUUCACUGCUACCCAACUGUCAGGCCUUACCAAGUCUUCACACUGACCCAUAUGGUUGUACAUAUAUCCCCUUUGUAGAUCUUCGAAAAGAUCAGAUAACAAAAACAUGCUAUGAUGGCAGAGGUCGCUUCUACCAAGGCAAUGUGAAUAUCACAAGAUCUGGAAUACAGUGUCAACCGUGGAACAAACAGGUUCCCCACCAGCACCGCCUAUCGGUGGAUGUCAUUCCAGAGCUGAUGAAUUCAAAUAACUAUUGUAGGAAUCCUGGAGGAAUCAGUGACAAGCCGUGGUGUUACACCUCAGAUCCUAAUAUACGCUGGGAAUACUGCGCAGUGCCUCAGUGUGGUAAAAUAAUCACAGAACCAGUGAGGAAGCCAGAGCUGACAGUCCCUCGUCCCCCUCCCACCUCGACAUCAUCAUCGCCAGCCUACUCCAUGUCUGUCAUUGUCAUUGUCCUAACCUCAAUGGCAACUGCAGUCUUCCUCACAAUUAUCAUCCUUGGCUGUCACAGGAGGAGAAAACAGUGGAGGAAAAGAAAGAGAAGAGAGAUUGGGACCCCAACACUGAGCGCGCUUCCAUCUGAGCUCUUGUUGGAUCGACUCCAUCCUAAUCCCAUGUACCAGAGGGUUCCUUUGCUGCUGAAUUCAAAGCUGCUGGCCCUCGAGUAUCCCCGCAACAAUAUCCAAUAUGUCAGGGACAUUGGGGAGGGAGCGUUUGGACGUGUUUUUCAGGCCAGAGCACCGGGCCUCCUGCCGCCAGAGCCUUUCACAAUGGUUGCUGUGAAGAUGCUGAAAGAGGAAGCCUCAGCUGACAUGCAGAACGACUUCCAGAGGGAGGCGGCGCUCAUGGCCGAAUUCGACCAUCCAAACAUCGUUCGACUUUUGGGUGUCUGUGCCGUGGGUAAGCCGAUGUGUCUGUUGUUUGAAUACAUGGCCCAAGGGGACCUCAAUGAGUUCCUACGUCGCCGAUCUCCUACCCAGUCUGUGCGCACCAUCAGCCGGGCUAGCCUAUCAGCUCGCAGUUUCUCCUCAGAGGGAGAGUCAGCGUCUCUCACCUGUCCGGAACAGCUCUCUGUUUCUAAACAGAUUGCAGCGGGAAUGGCCUAUCUGUCAGAGCGCAAGUUUGUCCACCGGGACCUUGCAACACGCAACUGCCUGGUUGGAGAAGAAAUGAUUGUGAAGAUUGCAGACUUUGGCCUCUCCAGAAACAUCUAUUCAGCUGAUUACUACAAAGCCAACGAGAACGAUGCAAUCCCCAUCCGCUGGAUGCCCCCGGAGUCGAUUUUCUACAAUCGCUACACAACCGAAUCAGAUGUUUGGGCCUACGGUGUGGUGUUAUGGGAGAUUUUCUCCCAUGGGAUGCAGCCAUAUUACGGAAUGGGUCACGAGGAGGUUAUUUACUACGUGAGGGAUGGUCAGAUCCUUUCCUGUCCUGAGGACUGUCCCCUGGAGCUUUAUAAUCUGAUGCGUCUGUGCUGGAGCACCCACCCAUCAGACAGGCCAAGCUUUAGCAGCAUACAUCGGAUACUGGAGCGAAUGCAUCUAAACAGCCUGAGUGCAAAUGCAGAACCAGAAGCUGACUCAUAAUUUUUAUUGAAGUGAUUCUUGCAUGAGAGAAAGCACCAAGGAAACUGGGAUUGUAGUUAUAAUUUGUCACUGAGAACAAGGAUAAAUGUCACACUUGAUAAUGUUGACUUUGUUAGCCCUAUUUUUCUUGGGUGGGCAUCAUAUGUUUAACCCCUAUCCUAUUUUAAUGACAAACUAUGCUUUAUUCAUUCUAUUUAGCUUUUUUUUCCAUUUUGGAGCCUGAAAUCAUAGAUGUACCAGCCUUUUAUAAGAGAAUCUCACAUAGGAUAAAUAUUAAAAUAAGAAAUUGCCUCUCUGCUUGAUCCACCUGAUCUGAACUGCUUUUCAAAAGAAAAUGAUUAACUUGAAUAUGACAACCAAUGCUCUGAUCAAAUGUUGUCGAAUUUUAUCUAGCUUUAUAAUGUUUCUUUGCCCAGACAUACAGUCUUUAAUAAACUAUUGACAAGGGUUUCUUUAGGAGCCAUGCUGAUAGGCUAAAGUUAGUAUGUGAACCAAGCCUUCCUUUCUGAUGUGACUGAUAUUUUUCAGCUUGUAACAUAUUUCCACAUGUGUAAAAUUAAUUUUUUAAGAAAGGUUUUUCUCUUGCUUCUAAAACUUGGGGCUUUAGUCAUUAUAAACUUGAAUGACUAAUGUUUCAGGUGCUCUCUUCUACACCAAGAGCUAUCUGAGAAUAUCUGAGUACUGAGCAGAGGAGGUCACAUAGAGGGACUCACACCAGUCAGAACUGUGGAUAUUACAUGUAUUACAUCAGCAGCAUGCGUCUAGUCUUGUUUCAUCAAGUUGCCCACAGAUCAUUUGAAAAAGCACUAAUAGAAACAACAAUCCAAUACUUUAUUAUUUUAUUGCAAAUUUGUAUUUAGACUACUGUAAUUAUUCUCAGUUUAGUUAGUCAGUUUCUAAAAAACUAUAUUAAAAAGGCUGGGAGGUUAUCUGCAUGGGAUGAAAAAAAGUCAAGCUCUGAAUGCAGCUGAGUUAACCUUUUUUGUUAGUUUUUUGUACCGCAUUUUGGAAAUAUAUGUUUGUGGUUUUUAAUAGUUCUUAUAUAAUACUAGUUGUAGUCCCUUGUCAUGUACUAUAAAGACUUGAAUCUCAAAAGUAUGGUCAUUUUUAAUCAUUUCAACAAGAGUUGUUUAAAUCUUGCUUUUUAUCAGUUUGGUUUUAAUAGUUUUUUUUCUGUUCUUUAUGAAUUUCGAAGCAUUAAACAGAUCAAUGUCAUUUAAUAGACAAAGGGCAGUAGUUCAAGAACAUCAUGCUCCCUUUUUUAAAAACAUUGCUAUGAAAGAAACUGUUUAUUCCACAGUGGCACAAAAUCACUUUUAAUUGACACUGAUCGUUAAAGUAUAUACGUUUUAAUUCCAGUUUGAGGAAUUUUUAUGAGGUUUCUUGUUUUCAUUGUUGGUUUUUUGAUGGUCUUUCAAGUUUGCAAGAAAAACAAAAUUCAGUGAGUUUUGUUCAUAAAAUGUUUCAAUACUUGUUUAAUGGUUGUUCUGCAAAACCACUUGGCAAGAUCUGUUAAUUUAGGCUCCUUAAAAAUUAGUUGACUAAGAAUAAGCCAACAUUUGUCUGAAGGGGGCAACUGAAAUAGCUUUUAUGGAAGUAAAAUGUCUUUUUGGUUUGGUUUUUUUUUAAGCAAAGGUUUAGUUCAUAUCAAACUGACAAGACUUUGCACGGAAUUUUUUUUUCUUACAUACAUUGUGGAAGAAUUGAAUACAUGAGAGAUUCACAUAAUUUGAAAGAAAUAAUUCUAAAUUCUCAGUUCCAAUUUGUGGCGUUCUAUUUUUAUUUGUUACGAUUCAUAAAAUGCUUUAAGUUCGUUAUUUAUUUUUGUAUUUUUUGAUUUCUACAAAAUGAUAUACAGUACGUGUGUAUGUCUGUAUCGCCUAUGAAUAAACAAAUAUUCCAUGUAUCAUUUAGUGCAUGAUAUACUGAUACUUAGCCUUCACUUUUAUACCAUGGGAAAAUUGAUUUAGGUAUAAAAUCAUCCCACAAUUUUACCGACAAUUUGUCACGUCACAUCUUGGACAGGCCCAGCCCAGGUCAUCAACUUUAUGAUCUGCAGCUCAUCACCAGAGAUAAAUCAUCAAAAUUCCGGUUAAAAUGAAAUAAUAAUAAUAAAACUGAGAUGCAUGCAGGUACAUCUAAAAAAUACAGCAUUAUGAAACAUGCCCUUUUAGUCCUUAAGAAAUUAUUUCAGAUUUUCUUAUUCAUUAAUCCAUAAUCAUUCCUUCAGAAAACACAUAAGGCCAGCAUUUCAACAUGCGCAUGGUGCAGUGAUAUUUUCUCUCCACAAGAGGGUUUGUAAGGGUGGCCUUUAGUAAUAAAAGACUGUGCAAUUCAAUGUCUUUGUAAAUCUAAUUUCUGCUUGCGUAACUAUGUACAAAUAAAUAAGAUGUCUUGCAUCAC